AUGAUGUAUUUUUCCCCUUUUAAAUACUAAUUAGAAGAUUAAAUAGUUAUCGAUUUAUACCCUCCUUGGAUAGAUAAACAUAAAUAUUUAGAACACUAGGAUUAUCGAUUUUUCGAAAAAUUAAACUAUAAGUCUGAGAAUUUAGCUUUAUAAAAUAACCCAGAAGAUCUUAGAGACUUGAUGAUAGUUCUUAAAGAAAAAUAAUUGUAUUCUUUGGAAAAAAUUUAAAAAGAAUUAAUUGAAAUUUUAGAAAAUAAAAAGAAGGUGUAUAAUCUUGAAUUAGAUGAUCUAAUUACAUAACUUAAAACAUUUUUUUAAUUUUUCGAUAUUAAGCAGAGAAAACAUAAUAUUCCUAUUAACUUUAUUCAAUAAUUAGUUGAUCCUGAAACGAAUCUUAAUCAAACAAUAAAUGCUCUGCCUUAUUGGUAAAAGACUAUAAUAUAAAUUAUAAAACAAAUCUUACUCAAGUAUUAACUUCUAUUGAAGGCAACCAAUAAAGAAGAAAUCCUAAAUUUGAUCUUCCCUACUCAUGAAGAAUGUCAUAAGUAUAUUUUCAAAAUACUUUUAGAUCGAGAAUAUUAAUUGGGCCAACCAUAUUUGGAUUAUAAAAUGGCAAAUUUAUAUAUAUAGUUGAUGGAGUUGAAAAAUAGGUAAUAGUCAAUACUAAAUCAGGGAGGAGAAAUGUAGAUGGGUAAAAAGAUAGGACUUUGGAAAGAAUAUGGAAUAUUAGGAGAUGAUUUUAUAAGCCAAAUCUCUUUGUAAAUCCAAUAUGAUUAAGGAAUGAUCAGAUAUAUUAAGGAUGGAGAAAUAUUAAAACAGUAUAAUUAGAUAAUUAUAAAGAUGUAAUUAAUUUGAUCAUGUUUUGUUGAAAAAUAUCCAAUAAAUUAAAUAUCUGGGAUGGCAUGGAAAUUAUAAUAAUGGUAAGAAAUCUGGAAAGUUUUAAAUUAUUUGGAAAGGUGAAAACUUGAAUAUCGGUGGGGAAUAUAAUGAAAAAGGUGAGAAGUUUGGUUUAUGGACUGAGUUAUUCGAAAAUUAUGGAGAGUAUUAAUUUUAUUUGUUCAUUAUAGUUAAUCCCAAGUUUAGUAUAUUGGGCAAUAUUAGGAGGGGAAAAAAUGUGGCUCAUGGACUCUCUAGUACGAAAAGAAUUUGGAAACAAUCACUAUGUAUAUAUAAAAUUCAGCAAAAGGCCUUUGGGAAAGUUUAACGAAGAAGGAUUGAAAGAAGGAGUGUGGUUGGAAUUGCAUGAAAAUUUUUGGGAGUAAAAUUUAUAAUUUAAAUCAGUGAAUGUUAAGUCUGUUAUACUGGAUAGUAUAGGAAAGGAGUGAGGAAUGGUUUUUGGGCUAUGAGAUAAUUUAUUUAAGGGCGCAAUAUAAUGUAAUUUGAAUGCAAAUUAUCUAUUAGAGGAGGAGGAUUUUAUAAUCAAAAAGGAAUGAAAAGUGGAGAAUGGAUUGAAUGGAAUGAAGGAUAUUUUGAGAAGUAAUUUAUUAUGAGGUAUUUGAAGAAAUUUAAUAUUGGAAGUUGGAGAUUAUGAAAAUGGUAGAAAAAUUGGAAAUUGGUAUUCAAAUAAAAUAAAAAUAACUUCAUGUCUCGAUCAUCAUUCAUCAGAGCGUUCUUUAAAUAAAUAUCAUUUUUUUGGUGAUUAUAAAGAUGGAGUAAAAGUUGGAUAGUGGGAUUACUACUUAGAGAUGAAUAUGAAUAAGAAAUACAAGUUAAUGUAAUUUUUAAUAUUUAUUGUAACAGAGGAGGAGGAAUAUAUGAUGAUAAAGGUAUGAAAAAUGGAUAAUGGAUUGAAUUAUAUAAGAAUUUCGAAAAGUAAUUAUUUUAUAAACGUUCAUCAGUAACGAAGAAGUAUGGUUUGGUUAAUAUAAGAAUGGAAAGAAAUUUGGCUCUUGGGAAAACAAAACCAAAAUGUAUAUGUCAUAUAAUUAUAUAUAUUCAGAUUUGGAGGCGUGUACGAUUCUAAUGGAGUCAAAUAAGGAAAUUGGAGAUUACAAAAUUAGUUUCAUUAUCAUAAUUUAUUUUAAGUCAACAAAGGGCUUUCAACCAUUAGAAUGGAUAAUAUAUUAAUGGAAGAAAAAUUGGAAAUUGGUAUAUAAGAUUUGGUCAUUUCUCAGAAAGUGCUUUGUAAAAUUCAUAUCAAAAUCUUUAGCUGUGAAGGUCAAUAUAAUCAUUAAGGAAUGAGGAAUGGUCAAUGGAAGGAAUUGAAAAAUAAAGAUAAUGAAAAGUGUACAAUUAUUUAUGAAGGAAAAUAUGAUAACGGUUUCUAAAUAGGAAAAUGGGAUAUAUAUGAUUGUAAUUAAAAGAGACAUCUGUAAAUAUCUUUAUUUAUAAGCACCUAUAGAGGUGGUGGUACAUACAUUUAAGAAGGAGUUAAAGAUGGCAUAUGGACUGAAUUGCAUGAGAAUUUUUUUUAGUAUAAAUAAAGAUUAAUAUAUUAGUCGUGUUGAAGUAAGAUAUGAUGGAUAAUAUUAAAGUGGAAUAAAAAUUGGAGAAUGGAAAAUAUUGAGAAAAGGUAUGAAUAAGCAGGAUUAUAAAUAAAUGUACAUGCUUCAUAUUAUUUCAAUAGGGGAGGCGGUUCUUAUGAUGAUUAAGGAAUGAAAAUCGGGUAUUGGCAAGAUUUGCAAAAAAAUUAGUAUUCUAUCAUUAAUUAACAAGAUUUUGGAACAAUUUAGUCGUCGGUAGCUAUAGUCAAGGCAAAAAAAUUGGCAUAUUCAAAAAAAAAGAGGUAAAAAAAAAAGUUUGA